CUUCAAGGUACAAGCUCAAGCUGCAAACAACUUCGUUUUGUUCAUAGCGUCAUCUCGUUUGGCUUAUCAAAGCGUCCUUUUUUUCCUGUUGUAAAUUGCGUCGUGUUUGGCAUCUUUAUUAUUAUCGAAGAUUGUGCUCAGGGAUAAGUAAUAGUAUAUAAAUACAAAAGUAUUUUUAUAUUAGGUAGCUAAUAAUUUGAUAAUACAACCCGAAUCUCUUUUGAUAUAAUGGCUGACUCUAACGAACAGCCCCCGGCUAAGAAAAGCCGCUAUGAAUCUCCUAAAGAGGAUGAUGCCCCCCCCACGUUGAAGGCACAGCCUUCAUCAGUAGAGAAAGAGGACGUGGUCAAUUCCACCACAGCCACAAAUGGCAGUCCUCUGAAAAUUAAGUCUUCUGAUAAAGAUGAUGUGGAUCCGGAGAUAGAUUCCACUACCAACGGGGAUAAAUCUCCGUCUGAGCAGGAGAAGGAGGAAGAGGAGGAGGAAAAGGAAGAGGAGGAGGAGAAAGAAGAGGAGGAGGAGGAGGAGAAAGAAGAGGAGGAGGAGGAGAAAGAAGAGGAGGAGGAAGCCGAAGAUGAGGAUGACGAUGGAGAUAAAGAUGAAGGAGAUAAGGAUAAAGAUGAUGAUUCAGGUGACGAAAAUAAUGCCAAAAGUGACGAUGAUGGUGGAAAAAGUGACGAUGAUGGUGGAAAAAGUGACGAUGAUGGACCCGGAAGUGACGACGAAACGAAAAGCGACGAGGACAAAGAGAAAACUGCUUUUGAUACUGAUGAUGACGAUAAAUCAAUUUCAUCGGAUGAAGAUGCCGAUUUAAUCGAAUCACGAAGCAAGAAAGAGAUACCUCUUGAAGCUUUCAAUAUGGAUGAAGAGAAAGACCUGGGAAAAUUUGACAAAGACGGACAUUUCGUCUGGAAUUCCAAAACUCGAGAGCCCACUGAUGCUUGGCUGGAAGGCGAGGGCUCUAAGCCAGUAACAGUAAAUGCAAGGGCCAGCAAACGAUCCCAAAAGAUCCGUAUGAAAGUAGUGGAGGAUGAAGAUACACCUAGCGACGAAGUUUUGAAGGAAAGGCUGAUCAUCAUUGAAAACUUGAUGAUUGAGGAUGAUGAGACAGUACAAGGAGCUAUUGCUCGCAUACAGCUCAAUCGCAUAGAUAAGAAAUCGACUGCUUCGGAGAGACUGGCCAGCAAAAAGGCUGGUGGAUCAUACACCAAAGACUGUAGCAAGGACUGUGAGGAAAAUCCCCUCUCGAAGUUAUUAGAUGCAGUUGACGAAUUCCCCGUGCAGAGCGAUAUUUUUUCUGUAACCAAAAGCGAAAUUUCUUCCAUUAUCGCUUCACCUGUUGAAUUUGAGCAAUUCAAGAGGAAGGCCUAUCCACUGCUAAUCGAUAUAACAUCUGAAGGAAGCGCCGAUAGCGACAAUGGAGGGAAGAGAUCCCCUAUCAUGUUGUCCUCAGAUGAAGAGGACGAAGUGGUAGAUGAAGAAGAAGCUGGCAACGGAAUAGUUGUCAUGGAGAGAGAUGAAAUGGAUGACGAUGACGACAACGACAACGUCGAGGGAAAGGAAGCGGCUAAGGAACAGGAGCCGAUGGACAUGUUUGCAGACUAAAUCUGCCAAUUAAUUUUUCUAUUCAGUCAAGUUUUCGGUGCUUUAUGCCAAAAUUACACUUUAUUAUUGUACAGGUUAUUGUAACCUGGUUACCAUUGAUUAAUUAAUUAAUAUGUUCAAAGUUUAAUUAUAUCAGUAGUAUUAAGUUUGAAAGAAUAGUAGAAAAACAGUUAAGUUUGGACAAGCCAUUGGCUGAUUACAAGUAUUAAGUUGUUACCAUUCCAUUGAAGGGAUGGAUGUCCCUUCUAUACCUUCCAUAAGAAGGGAUAUAGUAAUAAUUUUAUAACGUAAUAAGAACUGAUUUUUUUGUACCUGUUAGUUUAUUAUCCUUUAAUAACUUGCUGAUAAGUUUUGGUACUUGAAGUUGUCGUUGUCGAGGUGUUGUGUCGUAAUUCUAUUCACUUGUCGAGGUGUUGUGUCGUAAUUCUAUUCACUUGUCGAGGUCGUGUCGUUGUCGAGGUCGUGUCGUUGUCGAGGUAUUGUGUCGUAAUUCUAUUUGAACAUCGAUUCACUUGUAUUUCAUGUCGCUCAACUUUCAACUAAGAUUUGCAAGAGUAGAGAAAUAAGAGGUCUCAAUUUUGUAAUCAUUCAUAAUGUGAAAACGAUUAAUCUUUCAAGCUAAAAACAAUGACAAUCUUUUCAAAAGAUGCAUGGUGUCACAUACAUUAGGUAUGUGAUAUAAUCUAUGAUACACUAUCAUUCACUAACUCUGACGUGAUCUCAUGCAGUGAGAUGUUCAUGGAUCAAGUAAGAUAUCUUAUCUAUCUAUCUUGAAUCCAUCCACAUAAGUGACCUGAAUAUUAUUCAAUUUACUUGUGUGGAUGGUUUCAAUGACUAUUUCAUUGACCUAUUUCACUAUAUCAUCUAUCUUUGGAAAAGAUUGUCAUCGUCCUAAGUAAUCUUUCGGUGUUAGACUAUCCAGCAGGCUAAAAAAUUAUCACCAAUGAAAAGUUUUUUAGCCUGUUGCACAGCCUUAAUGAUUGAUAAUAAUGCUUCUCAUGUUUUGAUUUAUUUACCAUUCACAUUGAAAAUAAGAUAUAAUCGUUAAGAAAUGUGUUGACCAAAUUGCUUCUGUAUAUCUAUUUUGCAACUGGUUUCCAAUACCAGGUUGCAGAAACGUCAUUCUAUCUCAUGUUGGAUGUUUUCUAUCGAUGUUCCUAUUGUAAAAUGUUGAUGUAUUUUUCUACUUUUGUAUUGUAAAUAAACUCAUUCUGACACGCCAAAAAUAUGGAAUUGAUUGAAAUAUUUAUUGUUGAUGUUAAACAAUAAUUCAUAACCUCCUGUACAACUUGUUGAAAGGGAAAAUAUACACUUAUUG